AUGGCGAUUGCACGCAGAAAACUCUUGCAAAGCAGGCAAGUGGGCUCGCUUCUCCUUUUUCUGUGCUUAUCUGUGGGGGGUGCGGCGGCCAUCCGCUAUUCGGUGGCAGAGGAGAUGGAGAGUGGUUCGUUUGUAGCUAACGUGGCUAAGGACUUGGGGCUGGAGGUAGGGAAGCUGGCUGCGCGCGGGGCGCGGCUCGUUUCCGAGGGCAAUAUACUGCAUUUCCGGCUGCACCGCAAGACAGGAGAUCUGUUCGUGAAGGAGAAACUGGAUCGGGAGUCACUUUGUGGCAAAGCUGAUCCAUGCGUUCUGGAUUUUGAAAUAGUCCUGGUGGAGCCACUGCAGUCCUUUCGCGUGGAGGUCAGGGUAUUUGAUAUCAAUGACAAUGCCCCGGUUUUCCUAAACAAGGAGCCUCUUUUAAAGAUUCCGGAGAGCACCCCCCUGGGUUCACGGUUUCCUCUGCAGAGCGCGCAGGAUCUGGACGUCGGCCUCAACGGUCUCCAAAACUACACCUUGAGCGCCAGUGAGUAUUUCCACCUGCACACCCGCUUCCGCAGCCAUGGGCCCAAGUAUGCCGAGCUAGUGCUGGAUAAACCCCUGGACAGAGAGGAGCAGCCUGAAGUCAACCUGACAAUUACAGCUGUGGACGGAGGGUCUCCGCCCAAGUCUGGCACUGCCCACAUCCGCGUGGAGGUUCUGGAUGUCAAUGAUCACGUGCCCCAAUUCUCUUGACUGGUGUACCGCGCUCAGGUACUGGAAAACAGUGCCAAUGGUUCUUUGGUGGCUACGGUGACUGCCACCGACCUAGACGAGGGCUCCAACAAGGAGAUAACUUACUCUUUAGCGCAAAACCCAGAAGUAAUUCUCCAGACGUUUCAGAUUGACUCUGAAACUGGAGAGGUUCGACUAAGAAGGUCCCUAGAUUUUGAAGCGAUUGAAACAUAUGACAUUGACAUUCAAGCUACUGACGGAGGAGGCCUCUCUGCCCACAGCAAAGUCCUGGUGGAGGUGGUGGAUGUUAAUGACAAUCCUCCUGAAGUUACAGUCUCCUCUGUGUCCAGCCCUCUCCCUGAGGACUCUCCACUACAGACGGUAGUGGCCCUUUUCUCUAUCAGAGACCGGGACAUUCGAGUGGGAGGAAAAAUCACUUGCUUCCUCAAAGAAGACCUUCCCUUUGCAGUCAAACCUACAUUCAGGAAUUCCUACUCACUGGUCACUGACAGAGGCAUGGAUCGGGAGGAGGUCUCUGGCUAUAAUAUCACCCUUGUUGCCAUGGAUACUGGAACACCCACUCUGUCCUCGGAGACUGUGAUAGAGGUGCUAAUAUCUGACAUUAAUGACAAUCCCCCAGUAUUUCAGGAAGAUUCCUACAUCUUGACUGUUCCAGAAAACAACAGCCCUGCAGUUUUUAUUGGCAAAGUCCAUGCUGAGGAUCUAGAUUUGGGUGAGAAUGCCCAAAUAACAUAUUCUCUGCUGCCUCCAAAAAGUGGAGAUCUAUCAGUCUUUGCUUACAUCUCCAUAAAUUCAGACAAUGGGAAACUCUAUGCACUGAGAACUAUGGAUUAUGAAGCCAUUCAAGAUUUUCAGUUUGUGGUAAAGGCAACUGAUGGGGGCUUCCUGUCACUGAGUAGCCAGGUUACUGUCAGAGUGGUUGUCCUGGAUGACAAUGAUAACUGCCCAAUGAUCUUGUACCCACUGCAAAAUGGCACCUUGCCCUGCAAUGACCUGGUGCCUAGGUCUGCAGAGGCAGGCUACCUGGUGACUAAGGUGGUGGCUGUGGAUGGUGACUCAGGUCAGAAUUCCUGGCUUUCAUAUCAUCUAUUUAAGGCCACUGACCCUGGGUUAUUCUCUGUUCAACAAAAAAAUGGGGAAAUCCGUACAUUGCGGCAGAUAUCUGAGAGAGACCCCACGAUGCAGAAACUGAUCGUUCUUGUUCAGGAUCACGGCCAACCAGCUCUUUCUACUACUGCCUCACUUAAUAUCCUCCUGGUAGAUGGCUUUUCUGAGCCCUAUCUGCAGUUCCGGGAUCCAUUCAAGCAUCCUACAAGGGUAAAUCCAUCCACUAAAUAUUUGGUCAUUUCUCUGGCUGUGCUUUCCUUUCUCUUUCUCCUCUCUGUCACAGUGAUCUUCAUUACACAUAUCUGCCAGAAGAUUAAAUACAGAGAAAAGUUCACAAUUCAAGAGCAUUUCUAUGAUGACUGUAAUUUCUCUAACAACCUGGUACAAGGAGAAGCCAGUGGAUCCAUAUCCCAGCCUUGUCCCUAUGAAGUGUCCUCAGCCACUGGCACUGGCAAUAGUGAAUUCUGGUUUCUUAAGCACCUUAUGCCCAACUUCCCCUUCCCCCAUGGCACUGGAGAGGUAAAAACAGAGGCUGGCUCCAGUUUACCACCAGAUUCUGAUAGAAAUAGGUCUUGGGGGUCAGAGGGCCAUGCCCAAGUAUCUGAUGACUAUAUGUAG